CGCCCGGCGCGACCUCUGCGGAUUGCAUCGGUGUGCGGCGGCGGGGCAUGCCCAGGGCACCGGGCACGGCCUUCAAUGGGCGAGGACACGGACACGCGGAAAAUUAACCACAGCUUCCUGCGGGACCACAGCUAUGUGACUGAAGCCGAUAUCAUCUCUACUGUCGAGUUCAACCACACGGGAGAGCUGCUGGCCACAGGCGACAAGGGUGGCCGGGUCGUCAUCUUCCAGCGGGAACCGGAGAGCAAGAAUGCGCCUCACAGCCAGGGCGAAUACGACGUCUACAGCACCUUCCAGAGCCACGAGCCAGAGUUCGACUAUCUCAAGAGCCUGGAGAUAGAGGAGAAAAUCAACAAGAUCAAGUGGCUCCCACAGCAGAAUGCUGCGCACUCCCUGCUCUCCACCAACGACAAAACUAUCAAGUUAUGGAAGAUUACCGAGCGAGAUAAAAGGCCCGAGGGCUAUAACCUGAAAGAUGAAGAAGGGAAGCUGAAGGACCUGUCCACGGUGACAUCCCUGCAGGUGCCUGUGCUGAAGCCCAUGGACCUGAUGGUGGAGGUGAGCCCGCGGAGGGUCUUCGCCAAUGGCCACACCUACCACAUCAACUCCAUCUCCGUCAACAGCGACUGCGAGACGUACAUGUCGGCGGACGACCUGCGCAUCAACCUCUGGCACCUGGCCAUCACCGACCGGAGCUUCAACAUCGUGGACAUCAAGCCGGCCAACAUGGAGGACCUCACGGAGGUCAUCACCGCCUCGGAGUUCCACCCGCACCACUGCAACCUCUUCGUCUACAGCAGCAGCAAGGGCUCGCUGCGCCUCUGCGACAUGCGGGCCGCCGCCCUGUGCGACAAGCACUCCAAGCUCUUUGAGGAGCCCGAGGACCCCAGUAACCGCUCCUUCUUCUCAGAAAUCAUCUCCUCUGUGUCCGACGUGAAGUUCAGCCACAGCGGCCGGUACAUGCUCACCCGAGAUUAUCUCACGGUCAAGGUCUGGGACCUGAACAUGGAAGCGAGGCCCAUCGAGACCUACCAGGUCCACGAUUACCUGCGGAGCAAGCUCUGCUCCCUGUACGAGAACGACUGCAUUUUCGACAAGUUUGAGUGCGCCUGGAACGGGAGCGACAGCGUCAUCAUGACCGGGGCCUACAACAACUUCUUCCGCAUGUUCGACCGGAACACCAAGCGGGACGUGACCCUGGAGGCCUCGCGGGAGAGCAGCAAGCCGCGGGCGGUGCUCAAGCCACGGCGCGUGUGUGUGGGCGGCAAGCGCCGGAGGGACGACAUCAGCGUGGACAGCUUGGACUUCACCAAGAAGAUCCUGCACACGGCCUGGCACCCGGCCGAGAACAUCAUCGCCAUCGCCGCCACCAACAACCUGUACAUCUUCCAAGACAAGGUCAACUCCGAGAUGCACUAGGCUCGCGCGGAGCCCCGCCCAGGAGCCCGCCUUUCGCGGCUGUCCCCGGCGCGACGGUCAAGCAGCCCCUGGGGGAGAGGGCCAGGCCUGUGGGGCGGUCGGCCCUGCUGCCCAGCCCCUCUCGGGGGUUUCCCCAGCCGGGCUGCCUUUGCUGGGGGUUGUUUAAAACGCAGAACAUAAAGGAGCCGCAGCCGCAGAUCCUAACGGGGACGUGACGGCCGGCCUCCAAGUUCAGGGUUCGAUCCUCCCCGCACUUGACCUGCCUGCGGUCUUUACCACAUCGUUAGGGUUUUUACAUCUCCAGGUUAAUUUUUCACUCCAGCCGUCCCUUUCAGGGGACGUGGGAGCCAGUGGGAGCUGUUACUCUCACGCGCCUCAGCGGCCCCAGGUCGGGGCUCUGGGGACAGAGAAUGAAGCUCAGACAAGCCAGCCGGGGGUCCUCUGAUGAUAAAGGGGGUGGUUUCCACUGUCGCAGAGCUGAGGGCCUCCCCUUUGUGCUUUGGGUUGUGAGUUCAUGCUGAGACUUUGGGGCUGCGCGCCCACCUUUUAGGUUCUCUCCAUUUCUUUCAAUGUCCCAGGUCUGUUAGGUUUCCGAGUAGAAGGGGGCGGGGGGUGGAACCUUCCUGUGUGCGCCUGGAACUCUCACCUGAUUCAACCAGCCUUUGCUGCGGCGUCGGCCAUGGGCCAGGCACAGCCCUCAGCCCUUCAGGGGCGUUGACGUAACCCCUGUGCGCCCUCAUUCCUCCUCGGUCGCCGGGCGCCUCAUGGGAACUUACACUCGCUCUGUCCUUGACCUCCUGGAACCUGCCUCCCGCACACCAGCGGCUCGCUGAGGGCCAGGCUCUACGUCAGGUGCCAGGGGUGAGGAGGUGGACGGUUUGUCACCCCCAUUGUCACAUGAAGAGGCAGAGGCCCUGCGACAGCCUACAGUUGCCCCAAGGCGGGCGCCAACCACAUGGCAGCGUCUGGAACCGCCCGGGCCUUCACAUGGGCGCUUCCCUGCCCCUGUCGGUGGCUCCAUUUGACACCACAGCCUCAGCUGGAAGGUGAUCCUCCAUGUGAAGCAGGACAGAGCAGGCGGGACAGCGACAGCGUCCCAGGAGCCCCGGGGUGCAGGAGGGAGAGUGGGGAAGACCCCGGGGCUCCUGGCCCUGCUUGGUGGUGCUGGGCGUCCGGCCCGCCCGCUGUCCCCCUGCGCCCACGCUCCACCUGGCUUCUCUCCUGAUGCGCCGAACCGCCUCCAACCGAAGAUUGCAUGUUAUGACCAUUUUAGGAUACCUUUUCUUCACUGACCACACAGUCUCGGGACACUGGCCCCCGGGCCACAGAGGUCAAGGCCAGCCCCGCCCACCCCGCUGACCCCCACCCACCUGCUGUCUUUGCCCAGCAAGGGCAGCGGAUGUGGCUGUGCAUCUCCAUUCCGAAAACAGCCUGCGCAGGCCCCGCCAAGCCCAACCUUUUUUUUUUACAAGAUGUCACCUGGCCCAGGAAAUAGACCCACGUGAGACCUCUCUCCGUGGGUGACAGGAUACCUUUGUGUGUGUCAAAGCACAAAACGCAUGUGCACCCAGCUCCGGCCCGACGCUAUUUACACAAGGAAAUGGGUCCCUUGGUGGUUUUUUUUUUUUUUUUUUUUAAUCAACAUGAAUGAAGAAUGUUUGUUUAUAUAUCAUUGUAAAAUCCAGGUCCUCUGGACAGUAUUAUAUGUACAUAUCUAUCCUAAUGAAGAGGAACAAUCACAGGACUGGAUCCCUUUUACCCCCUUUGUAAAGAGGUUUGAGAACGUGGUAAAUUGUAUAGAAAUCUUGCUGAAGCCAAAAUCCAGCUCUGAGGGCCGGCCUUACACGCUUCCCGGGACGUUUGGCACAGUCCAGGUCCCUCCGUGAGUCAGGGCCGCGAGGCAGCUCACGGUGGCAUCACGAUGGCAGCUGGAGGUGACUGUCAGGUCGGAUCCGGUAGUAGAUUAACACUUUCCUUCCACCAAGGACACACCUCUCGCUGGAUUCAAAAGGAGGUCUUACUGCAGCUCCUAGUUCCUUACAUCGGUUUUCCACGUUGGAUACCAAAACAAAAAGAAACGUAAAACAAAAGGAAAAGAAAGCAAACGAUCUUUUCAGAACAAAAGUCUCUCUUUGGAUCCCCUGGGAAAUGACGGCCAAAGCAAACCGUGGAUAAUAAACCCCGUGUUGAGAAAAGGUUGGGGGAGGGGCGGAGGGGAGGGGCAACGUGGGCAGCGGCCGAAGGACCAGGGACACGGUCACGGACGUGGCGUCCUUACUCUGUGCGGAUUCUCUGCUCCUGCGGGCUGUGUGGGCGUCUCGUCGUCCUUGUGAAGUGGCUGGGUUGUGCUUGUUUUUGUUUCCGUGCUCCCCGAGGACAGGGCUCCUGGCGGGGCGCAGCCGGCGCCGGCGGCCCUGGUCCUUCUGGGCCCCGUAACUCAUAGGUGCAUUGUUUUCUUCGGUGUCUCACAAAUUAUCCAGCUGUUGAAUAAAAUUAUAAAUAUGUGAAUACCAGCUUUUUC